AUGCCGAGGUGGAACCGCCUCCCGGAGGAGCUGAAGCUCCAAGUGCUGGACUUUCUCGCUCAGGAUCCCUACAGCGGCAGCAGGCACGGGAGCCUGACCAACUACGCCCUUGUCUGCAAGUCGUGGCAGAGAAUCUUUGAAGAGACCAACUUCCAGCGCCUGGUCCUCCAUCAAAAUGACCUGGAUGGCGUUGCAAGGCUUCCCAAGCGGUGCAGGCCCUACGUCGCCCACGUCUGCCUUCGCAUCGAGCUUAGCGAGUACGUGCCCUGGGCGGGUGAGCAGUUCGCAACGAUCAGACCCGCCAUUGUCAGGCCCGAAAGAAUGGAGGACAUAGCGGCAAAUAACGAAAUCAUUGAAUUGGCUGUCGGGAAGCUUUUCAGUGCGCUCAAGACUUGGGAGAGAUGGGCCAAGCCGGAUCAUCGUAUCACGCUGGAGAUGAGUUUCCAUUCGCCCAGUGACUCCAAAUACGUUGGCAGAGGCAUCCAUGCAAAAGAGCUCGACAGGGGAUUGCCCUCGAUGACUGGCAUCAGCCGUGCCGGAGCUGGUGAUAGGAUAUUUGGUGGUUAUGUACACAUCCAAUUCCACCAGCAGCUCCCUCGUCUCCAUAUGGUAGAACGGUUCAUCAUGCAGAGACACACACGCCGACAGCCCACUUCAUUUACGAUGCAUCAAUUGCUUUCCCGGUUCCCUAACUUGGAGGAUCUGGUUUUUGAGCCAUGGCAGCAGUAUCUGGACACGUCGCAGGACCGCGUGGAUGCAGGAUAUGUCAGGCUCGUGAAGGGCUCGCUGCCAAAAGGACUAAAACAUUUCACUUUUUUCGAGGAUCAUGACGAGAAGAGGACGAAAUCGAGUCUGGCACAGGGAGUCCCGGCUCGAGUUCCAAACCCACAUGUCAGUGCCGCUUUGGCGCAAAAAAGCCUCGGGCUCGAGACUUUCUCGGCUUCAUUUCUUGUCGACGCGAGAGAUUUCUUCCGGGCGUAUAGGCGAGAGUGGACUUGGGCAAACUUGCGGUCCCUGACGCUGACGUCACAGUACCUGGAGAUUACGCGAGGCUCUUACGAGAUCAACGGCAUGCUCAAGGGAGCUGCCGAAGCAGCGCUUGCCAUGCCCGUGCUUGAGACCUUGGAGAUCUGGAACGGGGGCCCGGGGCACGCGGCCGUCUUUCGGUACAGCGGGGGGAAGGGCGGAGCCACCUUGGAGUGGAUCGGCACUUGGGACCUCUUCAUCGACUCAGGAGUCGUUGAGGCCUGGGAGACGGUGGCCCUCAAGAGCCAUGGGUGGCAGAUGCUCGGUUUGGAGAAACAUUUGAUCCAGAACCCUCACGAUAUCCGGCGUCAUGGAGACGCCAUCAAGUUGCUCAAGACGAAGGAGCGGGUAAUCCGUCCGCAGAGUCUGGAGGAGCUGCAAUUUGAAGCCAAGGAGGGAGGCCUGUGCUUUCCAUGA